AUGGCUACAUCCAACGAGGACGAGCGAGCGCCUCUGCUGCCUCAGCAUACCAAAUUCAGCGAUGGUCAUCCCCACCCCGCGCCACGCACCGUCAAUAACGACGACAAUGACGACGACCUCGACUUUGAUGCGAGGUUUCGCAAGUGGAAGAUGGCUGUCGCUCGCAAGUUUCGCGGCAAGUCGCAGCGCGAGACGAAACCUAGCUUUUUGAUUACGCACUUCGACGGCCUCGGCCAGGCGCAAGCGGUUCUCGCCGCCAAGCACGCUUCAGCUCAACGCGACACGCUCCACGAAGCAACAUCGAUGACCUCGAAGGAGUUCCAGAAGCAAGUCGAACAGGUCAAGCACGCUAUUCAGCAGGGAGUUUAUCCAAAGAUGAUCGCAACUGGCUCCAGUGGGUCCUACUUUGUUCGCGUCAUCACCGAGUCUGCAGAGCAGGAGACACAGGCUCCCUUGCUCGUUACCGUGGCCGUCUUCAAACCAAAAGACGAAGAGCCGUACGGCAAUCUGAACCCAAAACGCCAGUUCCUGCGCAAGUAUCUCUGGUGGGCCAUGGGUCGACCGUGCCUCAUCCCCAACUUUUCCUAUCUCUCCGAGGUCGGCGCCUCGUAUCUCGACGCUCGUCUGGCGCUCAAGAUGGUGCCGAGAACCGAGCUCGUCGAGCUCUCGUCGCCUACUUUCCACUAUGCAUACCACGACAGGGUUGCGUUCGACAAGCAUCACGUUCCGCUGCCCAACAAGAUUGGAAGCUAUCAGACGUUUCUCAAAGGGUAUGUGAAUGCGUCGGACUUUUUGAGGCGGCAUCCGUGGCCGUCGCGCACAAGGAGCAAGACGCUGAUUUUGCGAGAUAUGGAUGACGAGAGCCGCGCGCACAAGGUGAGCCGGAGGAAGGAGCGGGCAAGACUUCGCAAUUGCGGUACUGCGAUCAAGCGUGCUUUGCUGUGCAGGCCUUCGUGGGGCGACUUGGGGGCUGAUGAGGAACCGGAUCUGUGCCAUCCCGACUUGCCGCUGCCUGCUAAUUCAGCGAUCGUCGACGGGCAAGAGUCGCGCACACAGCAGCCGGACGGUUUUUACUGGACACCCAAACGCAUGGAGCAGUUCCGGCUUCAGCUCGAGCGACUCGUCGUCCUCGACUUUUUGAUGCGCAACACAGAUCGUGGGUUGGACAACUUCAUGAUCAAGCACGAUGUCGACAAGGACGAGAUCCGCAUCGGCGCCAUCGACAACUCGCUCUCGUUCCCGCUCAAGCAUCCGAACGAGAUCCGGCAGUAUCCGUUCGGCUGGCUCUUCCUGCCUAGUGACCUCAUUGGCCUUCCUUUCUCGCAGGAGACGCGCGAGCAUCUUUUGCCGAUACUGAACGACCCGGUGUGGUGGCAGGGGACGGUGAAGGGGCUACGGCGGGUUUUCGAGCAGGACCCGUGGUUCGACGAGGCGAAGUUCGAGCGCCAGAUGAGCGUGAUGCGCGGGCAGGGCUGGAAUCUGGUGCAAUGCCUGCAGGAGGCUGAGGAGGGGCCGCUGGAUCUGUGUGCGCGGGAGAAGAAGUUGAUUCGACAGGAAGUCGUGGAAGUGCCUGUGGAAAAGUUGGCCAGGAUGGACGGGGUGAGAGUUGUGUUGGAUGCGGAGGGGUUGGUGGUGCCGGACGCAGAAGCAGAGGCACCCGAGUCGCCAGGGUGGAGCAAGCCCGGAGGAUCGAAACCGGUGAUCUCACGCACGAUCUCGUCUGGCGUCAUUGAGACGGACCGGAGGCCGAUUGGAAUGCGCGCGUCCGAGUCGUAUAGGAAGGCGCUGCUCGAGGCUGCGGGCGCCAGUGUCACGCCAGACAUGCUUGAUGAGCUCGAGGAUCUGCAGCGGAUCGAUGCCGCAGCGCAAGGGAGCAUCUCGGCCUCGCUGCCUCAACCGUCCACGGUGCUCAGGGACAAGAUGCAAGCCGAAGCGUCUCCGGACGUAGCGACAGCGGCAACGGUCAAGGCCGAUGUGCAGAGGGCGCGACACCAACGCUAUGCGUCGGCGAAUGAUGCGGGCGUUUUUCACCGGGGUCCAGGGGAUGCUGCGGGAAGCGGGUCCGAUCGAGUGCAUCUGCACAGCGAUAGUGUGCUGGGGAGGACAGGCAUCGAGGUGCUCGAAGGGCUGGAUCGCGAGCGCAAGCAGCAGAGUCGGCUCAAUUUCUUUCGGACGCGCAAGCGGUCAGGCACCACCGUCUCGCACAGCGACGAGCCGAGUGCCAGUGGGGCUCUACCCAGCAGUACACGGCGGGAGAGCGAUCAGGGCAGUGCGGGCAGGGCGGAAACUGAGACGGCGACGUACGACUUGGCAAGUUCGAUUGUCUCGGAUCCAGGGGUGCGGGUAAAGCGUUGGCCAGCAAGGUCCCGGUCUGCAACGAGGCCGGCCGCGGGCGGCGGCGGCAUGUACGGCUCGCUGUAUGAUUUGCAGCAAGGCGAAGUGCUUUCCGAGGAAGAAGAGGACGAGGAGGAAGAAGAGGGACAGGCGAGCAGACGUGUGCUAGUCAAGAAUCAAUACGUGCCGACGAUCGAAACGGUGCUCAAGCGCGGCAAUGGUGGGUCGUCGAGCGAGGACGGCGGCAAGGCGUUUGUGCCGCAUAUCCCACAUCCGACGUCUGUGGGGCCGUCAGGGCAAGGACAGAAUCAGGCAGCAGAGUCUACGCCCAGUGGAUCAAGGCGCACGGUCAAAGUGAUUGUGGAGAAGAUCACGUCUGACACGAAACAGGCGUGGCUCAAGUGGAUCUAG